CGGUCUGUGACCCACCAUGUAAAUAUGAUGGCGUAUGCUCUUCCCCUGGUAUAUGUCAGUGCGUCGCAGGAUACUCAGGACCCUCUUGUCAGUUUAGUUGUUCGGAUAACACGUUCGGCAUCGAAUGCCUGGAAAAUUGUGACUGCUCUAACGGUGGGACUUGCGAUAGUAUGAUUGGUAAAUGCACUUGUACAGACGGCUUCUAUGGCAUCAAAUGCGAACACGUCUGCCAACCUGGAACCUAUGGAGAAAGCUGCAUCAAAUUAUGCCAGUGUCAAAACAGCGCAACUUGUGAUCCAGUCGACGGUCUUUGUACUUGCACGUCUGGCUUCAGGGGUGAAUUUUGUCAAACUAUUUGUCGGCCAAAUUUCUUUGGCUUAAGGUGCGCUAAAGAAUGUCGUUGUCAAAAUGGAGCAUAUUGUAAUCCUGUAGAUGGGACGUGCGACUGUGCGCCCGGGUAUAAAGGGAACUUUUGCGAAAAUCUUUGUCCCACUGGCUACUAUGGACUUGCGUGCUCUAAAUUGUGUUCGUGUUUGAACGGUGCAGCUUGCGACAAUGUAGAUGGCACGUGUUAUUGUGCACCUGGGUAUAGAGGUGUUACUUGUGCAGAUAUAUGUCAGCGUGACACAUAUGGAGAUAACUGUGCAAAUGAAUGCACUUGUCAGAACGGAGAUUGUGAUCACGUGUUAGGGACAUGUAAUUGUUUUACGGGCUGGCAGGGCGCCGACUGCAACAUACCAUGCAAUGCCGGUACAUAUGGAGAGGGAUGUCAGGAAGUAUGUAUUUGCAAAAACGGUGGUGUAUGCAACCAUGUAUCAGGUGUUUGUCGUUGUCCUCCUGGAUGGAGAGGCAUUGACUGCAGUUCAAGCUGUCCUGAGGGUACCUAUGGGUUCAAGUGUAAUAAGCGUUGUGUUUGUCAGAAUGAGGCAGUUUGUGACAAUGUGGAUGGGUCAUGUACAUGUACAGCAGGGUGGACUGGAAGCCUGUGCAGCCAGCCAUGUCCAAAAGGAAAAUACGGGUUAAAUUGCGCGGAAAUAUGUCCUUGUAAAAAUGGAGCCCGAUGUCACCAUAUUAGUGGCAAAUGUACUUGCACCUCAGGUUGGCAGGGUGAUUUCUGCUCUAAACCUUGCCCUGCAGGAAGGUAUGGCCUUAAAUGUCGUUCAGUGUGUACUUGUGAAAACAAUGCUCAAUGCGAUCACGUAGAUGGCACGUGUACGUGCUCGCCCGGAUGGCAGGGUAAUCAAUGUUCAAGUCCGUGUGGUCCAGGUACAUUUGGCUAUGAAUGUGCACAGCAAUGUCGCUGUCUGAACCAAGGAACUUGUAGCCAUAUUGACGGACGAUGUACAUGUGUUGCCGGCUAUUAUGGUCCUGCUUGUAACGAAGAAUGUCCAGAAGGCUAUUACGGACUUAAUUGUUUAUCUGAAUGUGAAUGUGAAAACAAUGCUUUGUGUGACCAUCGAAACGGUGUGUGCUCUUGUAAACCAGGAUGGAGGGGAAACACUUGUGACACGCCUUGCCAAGAAGGGCGUUAUGGUGACAACUGUGCGUUCCGGUGCAAAUGUGAUAACGAAGGCAUCUGCAACCAUAUUGAUGGCUCUUGCUCUUGUGUGGCUGGUUACCAGGGCCUGACAUGUAACAUUCCUUGUAGCUUAGGGUUCUAUGGCUUUGAGUGCCUUUAUGUAUGUCAGUGUCAGAAUGGAGCAACGUGUAAUCCCGUUGACGGCAGCUGUUUUUGUUCUCCUGGUUGGCAAGGAACCUUGUGUGACGAACCAUGCCCAGAUGGAUUCUACGGUGAUCAGUGUGCAAAACGGUGCCCUUGUUUGAAUGGUGGUAUUUGUGACAUAGUUGAUGGAACAUGUACAUGUGCACCGGGUUGGAGAAGCUUCUGUGGCGAGCCGUGUCCAGAUGGAACAUUUGGUCAAGGAUGUGAAGGAAGAUACCAGUGUCAAAAUGAGGCAAGCUGUGACCGAUUUGACGGACGCUGUGCCUGCACCACUGGUUGGUUUGGAGCCUCUUGUGACGCAGCCUGUGAGGCAGGAUUCUAUGGAGCUCAUUGCACACUGACAUGUGAAUGUUUAAAUGGCGCCACCUGUAGUCGGUUUGAUGGUAGUUGUGAAUGUUCAAAUGGAUACACCGGAGAACAAUGCGGGCUGCUCUGUCCACAAGGGUAUUUUGGUGAAAAUUGUGAGAGCCGUUGUCGCUGUUAUCAUAAUGCUGAAUGCUCUCCAUUUGAUGGCACGUGCAGCUGUCCAGCCGGAUGGAGUGGAGACAGAUGUGGCACGCCGUGCGAAGCAGGAUUGUUUGGAGUCCAGUGCUUGGAGCGAUGUAGGUGCCAGAAUGGAGGAGCUUGUUCUAGAUUUGAUGGGGCAUGCACAUGCACAAACGGAUGGCAAGGCGAAUUGUGUAACCGUGAAUGUGAACCGAAUCGAUGGGGACAUAAAUGCCAAGAAUUAUGCUUGUGCGAAAACGAUGCAACUUGCUCGCGGUUUGAUGGUACUUGCAGUUGUGGGUAUGGUUGGUAUGGCGAGCACUGCAAUACGCCCUGUCCUGAAAAUAGAUAUGGACUUGGAUGUACCCAACGAUGCAAAUGCAAAAAUAAUGCAGAAUGUUCAAAAAUUGAUGGAACCUGUACAUGUGGAGUUGGUUGGACUGGGAACCAAUGUGACAUUGCUUGCCCGACCGGUCUUUAUGGUGCAGAGUGCAAAAGCACCUGCUUAUGUCAGAACGGAGGAACGUGCAACAGAUUCGACGGCACUUGCCAUUGCCCACCCGGUUGGCAGGGGAUUUAUUGCAGUACUGAAUGCAGUCCCGGGACUUACGGUGAAGCAUGUGAACGCAAGUGUCUUUGCAGAAAUGACGCAGAGUGCUCUCACAUCGAUGGUGUUUGCACCUGUACAACUGGUUGGUCUGGUGUAAGAUGUGACGAGCCGUGUAGACAAGGGUUGUUUGGUCCUGAUUGUAAUUCAAGAU